CAAAUAUGGAUCGUCGUCAAAUUAUCCAUCCAAGUUCUUCAACACUCGACAGAAAGAUCAUUGAAAGAAACAGAAGAAAUCAGAUGAAGAUUCUCUAUUCUCAGCUCAAUUCUCUUAUUUCCCAACAAUCAUCCUCUUAUAAGAAUACAAUGGCACUGACGGAUCAGCUUGAUGAGGCUACAAAGUACAUAAAGAUGAUGCAAACAAACAUUGAGGAAUUGAAGAAGAAAAGGGACAAUCUAAUGGGGGUUAAUAAUAAUAAUAAUAGCUCCUCCUCGUCCAGGGCGGUUGAGGUCCGAUCACCACCACAGAUUGAGAUUCGUGACCUAGGGUCGGCAUUGGAUGUGACUUUGACCACAGGCUUAGAUUAUCAUUUCAUGUUUAAUGAAAUCAUUCGUGUGAUCCAUGAAGAGGGUCUUGAAGUGGUGAAUGCUAGCUUUUCAGUUGUUGAUGGAACAGUUUUCCAUAUGAUUCACUCAAAGGUUGGAGAGAUUGAUCAAAUAGAGUCGUCUGGUGUUGCAAGGGUAAAUGAGAGGCUAAAGAAAUUUUUUCUUUAAUAUCUACAUUUAAUUUUGUUGGUAAUUAUUCAUGUCAAAUGUUUUAUGUCUUAUUUUGGAAUAUUAACACUUCUUAUUUAUGUUUAGGAGAUUAAAAACAUUCAUUGUUAUUAAUGUUAUGUAUCUUUUUUUUAUAUGAGUUAUAACUUGUAAUUUUUUUUAUGGAUUUUCACCAUCU